AUGGCGAGAAAGAACAAGCAACACCCGCCCUCCAGCCCCGCUGCCCUAGUCUCCAACAAGCGCCGCCGCCUUGCUUCCCUCGACAAUGCCUCGCCCGCUGCACCUGCCGUUUCCACCGCUUCACCGAGUAGCACUUUUGCUUGUGCGACGGCACUCGCUGCUCCGGCCGUGCACAUCGUGGCAGGCUCGAAGAUCCAGGCAAAGGUCCGCGCCGUGCUGUCUGCGCUGAACGCUACAGCUAUGACUGAGUCAAAGCCACCUUCCGCGACUGACGCCGACACUGCACAAGACGGUGUGCCGCCUGCCGAAGCGAACAAAAAUUCCAGUGGCAUUGUACGGGUCGAAGCACAUGCCGCAGGCGCUAGCAAGCUCAUCACCAUAACCGAGAUCGUGAAGCGCACAUUGGAGAGCACAGGCAGGCCAUGGUGGACGUACACAGGCGUGAAAGGCACACUGGAAGAAUUCGAAAGCCGCGAGAAUACCCGUUCAGACCAGCAACAGCGUGUACUUGACCACGAUGCGCAUGAAGAUGCAUUGUUAGACGGAUCUUCCGGGGAAGGCGAUGAAGAUGAGGCCUUCGAGCCGACGGCCCAUGGACACAUGUCUGGGAAGAUCAGGAGCAUUCCACAUCUGUUUGUGUACCUAGCCACCAAGCCAUUGCCGCCACUUAAGGCUUUGUAUGGGGAGCAGUGUUCCGAAUAA